GCUCGCUGGGCCGAGCAGCAGAUCAAGCGCGAGGGCCGGCAGCCCGGGCGCAACAUGUACAAAGGCAUGUUGCUCGUCUGGACUGUCGAAUAUGAGGAGGUGGCGGCCCCCUUCAACCUCGUCGACGCCGACCGCGGCCAGUGCAUCAUCGAGCCGAACGAAGAGAACUUAGUCGCUCACAAGAUCUCGAUCGAGCAGGCGAAGUCGUUUUUGGACAAG